AUGUCUUCCAUCGAACAAUCCCUUCCCCCAACCCACGAGCGUCGUAACUCUCUGGAGAAACACCUCCAAACCCGCCCAGAAAUACAGGACCUCAAGAACCGCCACAUCCUGCUGGACACCAAUGUAGCCCCAGCCCUUCAAUCUGCCCGCCAGGAACUCGACCGCCAGCGGGCUACAGACAAUCUGAAGAAGAACCUGGAGAAGAGACCUGAGAAGGACGAGCUGGUUGAGCGUAAUAUCCUCCCCGCAACCUCCGCUGCCCCCGCCUUACAGGCUCAUGCCCGUGAACUCGAGAAGCAUAUGCUGGCCGAUAACCUAGAACAUAAGAUUCAGAAUCGGCCUCAGCCGGAAGAUCUGAUUUCACAGGGCAUUCUCUCCGAGGAUGAAAACCCCCGCUCCCCUGUUUGA